AUGAACGGUGGGGGUGGUGCUGUUGGUGGUGGAAUCGGUGCGGUUGGUGGGAUUGGAGGCCCUGUUGCGGGUAUCCCUGCUGUUUCAAAUCCGGUACCGUACGUGGUACCAUCAAAUCAACCCCAGCCGGGUCCUUCCGGGCUUGGAUCCGCUCAGGCACAUCGUUACAUCAACGGAGCGUCCGGAGGAGGAGCAUCGUCGAGUGGGGUGAUUCCUCCACCCCCACCAAGCAUGCUGCACAGCAUGCAGCAACUGUACCAUCCGUUGGCGUACCGUAACGAGUUGUACGACCGAACCGCCGGUUACGAUGUUCCGCGAGGUCGUGCAGGACCGGGUUACUACCAGAACCAACCACCGUGCAGUGGCCGGUAUCCGAAUUUGCAUCUCGAUUUGAACCGCUCCCGCUACCCGACGGGUUCGCUGUCUCAACGAACACCCCGGCAGCGGUCGUUCGAUGACACGGAAUCGUAUCACUAUUACCGGUGCCAGAGCCAAGCGAACGGAGCCAAGUAUGACAACUUGUAUGAACGUGUACGUGAGGAACCGGCUUACCAGAACACGGGCUCGUUUGCACCAGCUGCCAACCGGGCCGGGUUAUUCGGUCGGUUCGACGUGAUCGGGCACGGUGUUGGUCGUAUCGAGCGUCAUCUAAGUUCGUCCUGUGGUAACAUCGAUCAUUACAGCUUGGGUGGGCAUUAUGCCGUGCUGGGACACAGCCACCUCGGAACCGUUGGACACAUCCGGCUAAACCAGCCAGCGACAGGUAAUGGAGCGAAUGGGGCCACUGGAGCUAACACACCGCACUGUAGUAAUGCUUCCUCGACUCAAGCAACCAACUCCGGCAAGGACUCGUCGUCGGUAAAUGUGAAAAGUUUCUUCAGCUGCCUCGGUGGAGAGAACUCGCAAUCGAUGAACAAUUUGAACAAACCAUCGAGUGGAGUACCUAGCGCUGCAUUCCUUCCGGAUGGUGGUUCAAUUGCUGGAGGUUCAGGUGCUGGUGGAACGGUUAGUGGAUCUGCAGGUGGUCUCGGAGGAAACGGUCAAGGCCAAGGUGGAAGCAUUAUGGGUGGUUUGGCGAGUGCCGCUGCGAUCGGAAAUGCCGGAUCCGCUUGCAAUGGUACGUUGACGGGGAAAUCAACCGGAGCGAUUCCAAAGAUUAGUCGCAAAGCGAAACAAUCGCAACUUGCAGACGCACAGAUGGGAGCAUCAUCAACUCCACCAUCGGUAGCUGCUGCCGGAGGAUUGCCGGAUAUGUGUGCGGUUGAUCCGACCUAUUCCAGUGCUGGUCGCGUGUCGAAGCCUUCUCUGCAGUGGUUGCUGGUGAACAAGUGGCUCCCGAUGUGGGUUGGCCAAGCACCACCGGAUUACAAGUUUAUCGAUUUUAACUUCAUGUUCUCGCGGAACUGUGACGGAUGUUCCUCGGCCGGUGGUUCGCAUAGUCAGCAGCAACAGCAACAGCAGCAGCAUCAAGAAUUGGUGCGUUACGGGACGAUCGGGCAGGCUGAUUACAUCCCGCCAGCUCGCGAAUAUCCUACCAUGACCGGAAGCUACCCGCGUGUGUUACGUAACACCCCCCAACUGGCUCGGUUGCGUGAGCACGAGUACGAAAAUGUCCCGCUCAAUGAUUCCCAAGCAACAUCCGGCGUCCAACGUACGGUAGGUUCACGUGCCACUGGUUCUGCCGUGCCGUUACGAGCCCGCUCGGAAAGUCCUCGUCGGGCUGGUGCUGAUCCUCUACGUACAUGGGCGUUUAACUUCGAGAACAACAGCUUCCGUCCAGCUCGAAGCGCACCGGCGGCGGUAGAAAACGGUGCAGGUAGACCGCGUGAAGUGCGCCGCAUCACCGACGGUACGUUCGGUGUCCGGGAGUUGCAACAGAACGAUGAUGAAAAACCGGGCCCUAGCGGACUUGCUGGCAGGAUGACGAUGACCGCCAGGACAACCGCAAUUUCUUCUCCUCUGACUGACCGAGACGAGGGACGUCCAUCGUCCGCCAGUUCGUCCUCGGAUUCAGACAACUUUGCGAUGGAAUCUCUGGCGGCCGAGUCGGGCGGUGCUCGUGGUGACGAGGAAGACGACGAAGAGGAAGAAGACGUCAGCAGCCGGACGUUGGGUGAGGGUGCGCCAGCGGUCAGCUCGAAGGAUAAGGAACACGUACCAUCGUCGUCGAAUGAUUCGUCGGAUUCAUUAAACUACGAUGGUCCAGAACCGAUGGAUGGAGCGAUGGCCGAUCGGUCGCUUUCGGAGGACGAGGUGGAGAUGGCAGCUGCUCACGGUGGCGAAGGAUUAAGUGACGGUCUCGUGGAUAAACCAACCGAAUAA